AUGGGCGAGGAAGUUGAUGAAAAUAAUCAAAGCAUUGAAGGGGUAUCAUUUGUAUGCUGUCCUAACAAAGAACGAAUCCGAAUUAUGAAAGCAUCCUUGGGCGAAUUGUGCCGAAAUGAUUCCUUGGACAGAACUCCGUGGACUGAAAUUCCAAAAAAACCAUGUAAACUUAUACUCCCGGACAAUAAUGACAGUGAAUCAGAGGAUCAAGCCUCCAUGUCUCAGGUGCAAAUUAGUAGCGAAGAUGAGUAUCCCGGUUUUGUACAAAAGAUCUUUUGCCCACCCCGAAAUUCUGUAAGUUUAAGUGCCGAUUUACACAUUGUAUCUAAACCAAUAUUUUCCGAGAUUUAA